GUUUUACAUUACGUGGAAAAGCCAGAAACUUACAUCAGUACCAUCAUUAACUGUGGUGUCUACUUGUUUUCCCCCGACAUUUUCUGUACCCUGGAGAAGAUCUUCAAGAAAAACCAGGAAGACAACUACAAUUUCCAGACAGGAAGUGGGUGUUAUUCUGGCUAUGACCCCAGCCUACAGUUGAAUGAGAAGAUCAGAUUAGAGCAGGAUAUUUUUGUUCCCAUGGCGGGCUCCGGGAAGUUGUAUGUCUACCACACUGAUAGAUUCUGGAGCCAGAUCAAAACCACAGGAGCUGCCAUUUAUGCAAACCGACAUUACCUAGCUCUCUAUCAGGACUGGCACAGAGAAAGGCUGGCUAGAAAUGGGGAGCUGAAGCCCCAGAUCAUUGGAGACGUAUACAUCCACCCCACAGCCGACGUCCACCCAACAGCCGUGCUUGGUCCCAAUGUUAGCGUAGGUAAACAUGCAGUGAUUGGAGAAGGUGUGAGGGUCAGGGAAUCCAUUGUUCUAGAGGGUGCUGUUCUACAGGAUAACUGCUGUGUGCUGUACAGUGUGAUUGGUUGGAAUGUUACCAUAGGAAUGUGGACUCGUGUGGAAGGCACACCUAAUGACCCCAACCCCAACAAACCAUUUGCUAAGGUCGAUGUCAAGGACACAUUUAGUCCCGAGGGGAAACUCAAUCCAUCCAUCACUGUCAUUGGGAGUAAUGUACAGGUACCCUCUGAGGUGAUCUUACUGAAUGCUAUAGUGUUACCCGACAAAUCACUCAGUGGAAGCUGCAAGAACCAAAUCAUCCUCUAGCGUUACCAUGGCAAUCUCCCAGAAUGCACUGCCAAAAUCAUUCCCAACAUGCCAUUUUUGUUCCUUCAUAACUUUCUGUAAACGUUUUGAACAAUUUCAUUCUAAACGAGUUUGUUAUUUGUACAUGUAUAUAGUAAUUUAUUAACACUUACAUAUUCAUUAAAUAUCUAUUUUCCUAUUGCUUCGUUAUAAGAAUAUGUUCAUAAUAUUUAUAAAGUAUUUCGAGACAUUUAUUUACAGAGAAGACUGUGCUUAUAUACAUGACAUUUUUUGCAGUGAUUCAAUCAUUGCAUCAGAGACUUUGAGAGUGCUCAUUUAUAUUGAAGGGAUCUGAUUUAAUAAGAGGAAUUCCAUAAUCUUAUACAAUUGAACCAUAUAUUUUAUGUAUUCCAUGCUUUGGUAUCAUUAAAUUUGAAAUUGAUGAAAGAAA